AUGGCACUCCCACCCGAGAAUGAGAAACAACCAGCCUCAGGCUCUGGCCAUGAGAUCCGCCAACUGUCCGUCUCUUCAUCGUCUUCCGAUGAAACUGCGGCAGAGGGCCAAGGGUCCAAAUUCAGCACGGCAGGUGGAAGGUAUCAUUCACGACCUUCCCGUCUAGAUGACAUCGAGGAUGUAGACGACACAGCCCUUGGCCGCCUCGCUUCCAAUCCAACCCGGGUGAGGACUCGCUCCCGCUCCCGAUCAAACCUCCCACCACCACCGGACGGAGGUCUCCAGGCCUGGCUCCAAGUCGUCGCGGGGUGGCUUGUGAUCUUCGCCACAUGGGGCUAUCUCAAUUCCUUCGGGGCGUUCCAGUCCUACUACACCUCCGGCGGUCUGCCAUCCGCCUCUCCGUCCACUAUCUCCUGGAUCGGCUCUCUCCAGGGCUUCCUCACCACUGCCCUGGGAACCUUCAGCGGUCGUCUCCUCGAUGCUGGUUUCUUCCGCCCCACCUUCGCCGUGGGCGCCGCUCUGCAACUGGCCGGGAUCUUCGCCAUGAGCGCCUCUGAUAACCCUCAGUACUGGCAACUAGUCAUAACGCAAGGGAUCCUCACAGGCAUCGGCGGAGGGAUCCUCUUCACCCCUACCCUCGGGCUGGUGGCUACGUGGUUCGGACGCCGCCGCGGCUUCGCCAUCGGCCUGGCUACCUUGGGCAACUCCACCGGCGGCAUCCUGUAUCCCGUCAUCGUGAGACAGUUGCUCCCCAAGAUUGGCUUCGCGUGGACCGCCAGGGUGCUUGGUUUGGUGAAUUUGAUAUGUUAUGCGGUUGCCCUUUUAUUGAUGAAAUCACGCCUCCCUCCCCGCCGAUCUGGAGCUCUUGUCGAUUGGAGCGCCUUCAAAGAGCCAGUCUACGUUCUCUACAUUGUCGGGAUGUUCCUUUUCGUUUGGGCGAGCUACUAUCUUUUCUACUAUCAAUUGCUAACUUCCUCACGGGUUGCAUCAUUCGGCAUCCAAGUCCUCGGACUCUCCUACAGCGAAGCCUCGUUCCUCAUCAUGGUCAUCAACGGCGCCGGCCUGCCCGCCCGCGUCCUCAUGCCCAUGCUCGCCGACAAGAUCGGCGCGCUCAACGUCAUCACCAUGUGCACCCUCUCCAUAUCCGUCAUCGUGUUCUGCUGGUUCGCCGUGAGCAACGUGCCCGGCUUCUACGUCUUCACGGCCUUUUGCGGUCUCGUGUCCGGGGCCACGCAGAGUCUCAUGCCCACCACCAUCGCCAGCAUCACGAAGCGGCUGGACAUGGUGGGCACGAGGAUGGGCAUGUGCUUUAGUAUCAUCUCGUUUGCGUCUCUGACCGGCCCACCGAUCGGUGGCGCGCUCCAGUCCGCGAUGAAGGGGUCGUUCACGGGCGCGCAGGUGUGGGCGGCCGUGUCGACUUUGGGUGCUGGAUUGUGUCUCUUGGGGGCUAGGUUCUACCAGGCUCAGGGGAAGAUCAAGGUCAAGUGUUAA